AUGCAUUAUAUCAUUGGGCUCAACAGUGGUUCUUCUUUCGACGGGAUAGACGCUGUUCUGUGCAGCAUUGAUAUUGCAGCAGAUGGACAUCCAGGUCGUCCAAAAUUCAUUGACGGCAUCUCGGAACCGUGGCCAGAGGAGUUACAGCCCGAUGUUUUACGGGCUUUCUCCAACGAGCUCUCACUCUUUGCCUUGUGCAGGCUCAACUAUGCUGCCGGCGCCGCAUAUGCCGAGAUCACAAACAAGCUGCUCGACAAGGUGGGAAUGAAGCCAGAAGACAUCGAGGUGGUCGGUUAUGACGGCCAGACAAUCUACCAAGAGCCUCCAGAUAGGGAGAAGGAAAGACGAUAUAUCGCAAGCGGGAACAAGAGCCUGGUUGAUCGGUGGACAAAGGGUGGAUUUGCAUGCGGCCUUUUCAUCGUCGAGUCAGGAGUUGUGACAGCCUUGACGGACAUCACAACCGUCACACAGUUCCGCCCACUUGACCAUGCAUUGGGGGGUUCAGCGGCACCACUGAUGCAAUAUCUCGAUUUUUGCUCAUUCAGGAAUGAAGGACCCAUCGUUUCAUUGAAUAUCGGGGGUAUUGCCAAUCUUCAGCUUGCUGACGCAGACCGGAAUGACAUGAUGGCCUUCGACACCGGUCCAGGCAAUGUGAUGAUCGACCACGUGAUGAAAGUUCGAGAAGGUAAACCAUAUGACGCUGGUGGUACACUCGCAGCCACAGGUCAAGUCAUUUCCGCCCUUCUGGAGAGGCUCGAAGGACAUCAAUUCUUCCUCCGAAAGCCACCUCGUUCGGCAUGGCGGCUCGACUUUGGGGGCCAAUAUGCGGAUAAAAUCCUGGAUGAUUACAAAGAUGCAUCAACCAAGGAUCUGUUGGCGACCCUCACGCUCUUCACGGCAAAGUCAAUUGAGCGAUCGGUCGUUGACUUUAUACUUCCCAAAGCACCUGUAAAGACCCUUAUUGCCAGUGGAGGAGGGACCAAGAACGACACGCUCAUGAUGCACCUGAAGGAAAUGCUGGCCUUGCACGGAGUGGACCUUCGCAUGAGCGAUGAGUAUGGGCUUCCUGCCCCGUUCAAGGAGGCCAUAAAAUUUGCAACCUUGGCAUUUGCAUGCAAGAACGGGCUUGCAAACAAUAUUCCCGCAGCUGGCGGAGCCUCCUCCUUUGCGGUCCUAGGCAAACUGAGUUUGGCGCCCAGACUAGCAAAGAUGGGUGGUGCCGUCCCGGAAAGUAACGUCUUUCCAGAACACGAAAUGGACCAGAGCUGA